CGUCAGGAGGGAAGAGUGAGGCAGGACAUGUUAGAGUUGUGUUUGUUAGGAACACACGUGGGAAAAGGAGAGAGAGAGCGAGGGACUGAAUUAAAGCAGCUGAGUUUAAAGGAAAGCUUCUCAUGAAAAGAGGGCUGGAGGAGAAGAGGAUGAAGGGAAGAAAACACAGAGGAAGAGAAUAGAACAGCGAUGUCUGAGGCGGACAGUCACUCUGGAAGUAUGUCUCUGAUCCAGUCCAUGCUGCGCAGACUGAGCACUGCAGAAGACACGGAUCAACCUCCUAACAUACACUCAAACACGCACCGUAACACACACCAACACCUCAGAACCUCAGUGGAAACAGACAGGGGAUUCUAUGUGACCCCUCAGGACCACAAUAAUGCAGAGCUCAAAUUCAAAGGAAAGCUUGCUGCAGUGAUUGAGGAUGAUGAUGGUGAUUGUGUUGAUGAUGACAAGGAUCCACAAUUGAAAGUUCCGACUGAAAGGGACAACGAUCCGGAAUCAUCAGACAGGGAUUCAGAAAGAGAAGAGGGGAAUUCCGGUAUUCCAUUUUUGGAUGCAGGAUUGGAAAAACUGGGCAACGAGGAGGAGGUGGAAACCAGAGAAACCCCCUCUGUGAUUCCCAGAUGGGAGGGAAGGCAGUUGCCACUCUGUCCCCCUGGCCUGGAUGCCAGACCCCCGCUUCCCCCCGUUCCCCCCAAGAGGAGGGCUAAACCACCGCUACACCCUACAGGGCCACCGCCCCCUCCACCAGCCCUCGACCCUAGCCGGAGUGCUCCUGUGUGGGGGGGAGUGGUAGGCGAGGGCCCAGGCUGUGAGCUGAGGCCUACAGGGCAUGGGAGAGGGCCUGGAGGCCAGGAGGAGGAUAUGCUAUUGUCCUCAGGGGAUAUGCUGUCAAUAUACUCAGCUGUCAUCCUCAAGUCAGAACGCCGAUUCUCACAGCCCAUUCUGGAUUUUACUCUGGGCUCUACAGCACAGAGGGGUGGAGGGGUGCAACAGUUGGAGACGACUGUGUCCAUGGCAACACAGGACCCUUCCAAGCUGAGGGGAAAGGAUAUAGGGCGCCCCCCUAAAUCCUCUGAGCCGGUGGGGAUGGGGGUAAUGGGGAUACCCAAACCAUUGGAAUUGACCCCACCCAAGCCACUUUUACCAAAACCUCCACGCAAAAACAGAUCUCUGGCCCAGGGACCUGAGGGGAGAGCCCAGGACAGCCCAGAUGGAAGUGCCUCUUCUGGGUCUGAAACGAGAGACAUCCCCCCUGGCUUCCAGUCUGUACCUCCAGGGACAGAGGGAGUCAGAGAACCACCAGAUCCUAGCAAACACAUCGCAGAUGGGAGCGAGAGCUCCAGAACCCCUGCAGAGAUUCGGAGUAACACGGAGGAGCGAGGUUUGUUAGAGGGGGGGAGGAAUUUAGAAGGCACACCGGAAGUUGUGGUUCAGGACACUGCAACAUGGGGUGGUGGGGGUGUGCUUGGGUCGAAACACCUGAAUAUGAAGAAAAUGAAGGGAGGAAAGCUGAAGAAAUUUACCAAGAAGAUGAUGAGCAGAUGGAAGGAGAGUCGAGAGGAGAAGGAAGGAAAUGGAGAGACUCAGGAUGACGACGGAGAAAAAGAGGUGGAGAGCAAAAUGCCGUUAGUGCAUCUCCAUCAAGAUCGACAUUCAGUCAGGUUGCAUGCUAAAAUGUCCAUUAUAGAGGAAGAGGGGGGGAAAGAGGAGGAGGAGGAGAAGAGGAGUGGUGAGGCUACACAGGAGUCGCCAACGAUGGACCGGCCCAGCCAAGCUGAGACGGAGAGGAAGCCUGUGGGACACCAUGCAAGUUUUCAGAGCUCCUUCAGCUCUUUCAAGUUCAACUUCAGUUCCAUCAGCUUGGUGGACGAGAUUCUAACAGGAGAUGAGUGGUCACCAUUCCUGUCUAUAAAGGACAGUCCAGCCCCCUCGCCGUCUGUUUACCAAUCAGAAGCUGCUAGCCAACACGAUUAUGAUGAAGGCGACCAAUUAAAGACUGGACCAGAGUUGCGCCUUCCCAACGACGUUCAACAUAACCACGAGGACAUAGGCUUUUCUUUAUACGAGGCUGUCAGCUUCAGCCAAUCAAGUCCGAAUGAGAUUGUGGACAACCAAUCGGACAACAGACAACAGGAAGUAGACAACAACAAUGACACAGGAGCUGACGCCAUUGCUGUCAUCAAACCGAAGAUAAUAUUGGAAAAUGAUGCAAUGGAGGAGAGUGAGUUGGACUACUCCAGACCCAUAUCUAAGGACAUCCAUGACACUGUUGAAUUAUGCAAGUCCCCCAUAAGGACCCAAUCAAAGGACCUUCUUGACUUCCUCUGUGUUGAGGUGAGCCACAAUGCUGGAUUGUGGGUAUUGUAG